AUGGCCAACACCACCAACAACAUCGCACAGGAAGAGACCAUCGUCGAAAUGGAAACCAUCCAGCUUGGAAUCAUUGGAAUGGGAGACAUGGGAAAACUCUACGCCAGAACUCUUUCUGCCGCCGGUUGGAAGAAUGUGAAUGUGUGCGAUAUGCCAAACAAGUACGAGGCGCUGUGUGGGGAGUUUGCAGGAACAGAUAUCCGCGUCAUGAAGGAUGGGCAUUUGGUUUCGCGUCAGAGUGACUGGAUCUUGUACUCUGUCCCUGCAGAGUUUAUCGAUUCCGUCGUCGCUACCUAUGGCCCUUCAACAAAGAUUGGAGCGAUUGUGGCAGGUCAGACAUCGGUUAAGGCACCAGAGAUUGCGGCGUUCGAGAAGCACUUGCCCGAAGAUGUCCACAUCAUCACCUGUCACUCUAUGCACGGACCGACUGUCCCCUCGAAAGGACAACCCCUGGUCAUCAUCAACCACAGGGGUACUGCCGAGACUUUGGCACUGGUGGAGAGGAUUUUGGGAUGCUUCGAAAGUGAGAUUGCUCACUUGUCGUACAAGGAGCAUGACCGGAUCACAGCAGAUACCCAGGCUGUCACUCAUAUGGCAUUCUUGAGUAUGGGAACCACCUGGAAGCAUCAGGACAACUUUCCGUGGUUUGAUCCAACCUACACUGGAGGCAUUGAGAACGUCAAAGUGAACAUGACCAUGCGUAUCCUCUCCAACAAGUGGCACGUUUAUGCUGGGUUGGCAAUCUUGAACCCAUCGGCCAAGGCACAGGUCAAACAGUACUCGCUCUCAGUCGCUGCACUCUUCAAACUUAUGAUCCAAGAGAAGGAGGCCGAGUUUGUUGCCCGUAUUCGCGCUGCGGGAGAGUUUGUGUUUGGUAAUCGUGGCGCUCGGGAGCAGAUCUUGUUGUCGGAUAACCUGCUGGAUCAGUACUCGCUAGGUAGUGUGCCCAAGGACAAGCGCAAACCCAAUUCGCAUUUGUCGCUGCUGGCGAUGGUUGACUGCUGGUACCAGCUCAAGAUGAACCCUUACUCUCACAUGGUCUGUCAAACCCCGCUCUUCCGCUUCUGGCUUGGAAUCUCAGAGUACUUGUUCCUGAACGAAGACUUUUUGCAGGAUGCGAUGCAAGCAGCAUUGUACGAGAAGGAGAUCCGAGAGGACGAUAUGGAGUUUAUGAUGUCAGCUCGUGGAUGGCAGGAGUGUAUUGCGUUGGGCAACAUGGAAGGCUACCGGGUCCGGUUUGAGGACACUGCUCAGUUCUUCAAGAGCCGGUUUGGCGAGGCUGCUGUGGUUGGCAAGCAGAUGAUUGAGAUGAUCACCCGCAAGACUAACCCUCCGACUACAACGGCGGCUCCUUAA